UCGCCCGCCCGCAGCCCCGCGCCCAGCGCCGCGGCUCGGGGAGUAGAUGGCAGCACCGCGGCGCGGCCGCCCUGCCGAGCGCCGAGCGCAGCCGCCCGCCGCCGCCCGGGGAGCGUCCACCAUGCGGGGGGGUCGGGGCGCCAGCGGCCGCAGCAGCGCCAGGGACGGGGGCGCGCAGCAGCCUCCGCUCGCCCGCCUGUGCUGACCUGCUCGCCUGCCCCCAGAGAAUGUCCGCCAAGCCCAAGGGGACCCCCUCCUCGUCCUCUCCAGCCGAGGGACCGCCGGCAGCCUCCAAAACCAAGGUGAAGGAGCAGAUCAAGAUCAUCGUGGAGGACCUGGAACUAGUACUGGGCGACCUGAAAGACGUGGCCAAGGAACUUAAAGAGGUGGUUGACCAGAUUGAUACCCUGACCUCUGACCUACAGCUGGAGGAUGAGAUGACCGACAGCUCCAAAACGGACACCCUGAAUAGUAGCUCAAGCGGCACCACAGCCUCCAGCAUAGAGAAGAUCAAAGUGCAGGCCAACGCACCCCUCAUUAAACCCCCCGCCCACCCGUCUGCCAUCCUCACGGUCCUGAGAAAACCAAACCCCCCGCCGCCGCCCCCACGGUUGACACCUGUGAAGUGUGAAGACGCCCAAAGAGUGGUGCCGACUGUCAAUCCUGUGAAGACUAAUGGCACCCUUCUGCGAAACGGAGGCUUACCCCUAGCACCGAACAAAAUUCCAAACGGAGACAUCUGCUGCAUCCCCACUGGUGGCUUGGACAAGGCUCCAAUGCAGCCUCUGAUGCACAGACCUGAAAAAGACAGGUGUCCCCAGGCAGGGUCCCGAGAACGGGUUCGGUUUAAUGAGAAAGUGCAGUACCAUGGCUAUUGUCCCGACUGUGAUGCCCGGUAUAAUGUAAAAAACAGGGAGGUCCAUUUACACCGCGAACCUGUCCACCCACCGGGAAAGCUCCCGCACCCCGGCCCUCCCCUCCCUCCUCCACCCCAUCUCCCUCCUUUUCCGCUGGAAAACGGGGGACUGGGAAUAAGCCACAGUAACAGCUUCCCCCCUCUCAGACCUGCAACUGUGCCUCCUCCCACUGCACCAAAACCACAGAAGACCAUCUUGAGGAAAUCGACCACUACAACAGUGUGAUGUAUGCCAUUUCCAAAACCUUUUCAUUGAUUUUUGUUUUUUUUUAAUUUCUAUAUUAUAAACAUAAAAUAAUAAGUAAUGAGCACUUUCUACUCAAGCAAUAAAAAAAUCCCAAAUAUAUUAAUCCUGCAUUCAGCAAAGUGGCAUAAAAACCACCUGGUAAGUAUGCAGUAUAUUGUUUAUAUGCCGGGUAAUGCGGUAUUUAACAAGUUGCGUCAUCAGAAACCACAGAACCAUGAAAAAGCUGCCUAUGUUUUUUUUUUUUUUUCAACUGACCUAGGAUAAACAGUGACCUGUAGAUUUCAAAUAGUUUCAUUUACUUUCACAGACGGGAUUAGAUUCAUUUUAUUCAUGCCUAACUCAUCUAUGCAUUAAUAACAUGUCAUCCUUCUCACUUUGACCAGAUGCUUUUUAAGGAAGAAAUUUUAAUACAGAAGGACUAUUUUAUUAUUUUUUCUAAAGAUGUUUGUCACUAGUUUUACAUCAUGAAAUGCCAAGAACAAUACCAGAAAGUUUAUUUUCUAUACUAUACAAUUAUGAUUCUAUGUUCAGCUAUAUAUGUAAUGAAAGAUUUUGUCUGUGGAAAUAUCAUAUGUCAAUAAACAACAGUACAUAAUGGCAAAAGCAAAUGUUCCUCAGAACUAAAAUGCAGCCGUGCUUCUUCAUUUAAUCCCAUGUUAAUAGUCAUCAAAAUGGAUAGCUAUUCUGACAGAGUUUGAAGAUUACAGUGAGUAUAUGGCAGACUUUUCCAAAUUAAACAUCCUAAUCAGAUCAUAAGUAGUGCUUUACACAUUUUCAUAUUAUGUAUUGUGGUACCCCACCCCAAGACCCUAUAUUAAGUGUCUCAUUGACACAGUAUAUGGCCAAGCCCUUUAGGUCCUCCUCACACUCAGCAUCCCUCCUGGACACACCAUAAACCAGGACAUUAAAGCAGUGGGAUGAUUUGCCCCCUGCAUCAGCAAGUCCUCUGCCUCCCCAAGGGAAUCCCUAUUUAUAAGAGAAUCCCAGAAGAAAAUAAAGAUGCUUCUGGAAUAGAAUGUUUUAAGUACCAGCCUUAAUGUUGUUUCCCCUCACAGUUGAAGCAUCCCAGGGGUCCUUGUCAUUUAUAGAAGGAAGAGGAGAAAUCCUUUCCUCCUGACAUCUUACAAAGGGCCUUCUCUUAAACCUAACUUGCUAACUUAUGUAAUAACCCACCCAAGUUCAAGUUCACUUCCCAACUACUAUGCUUUGGAAUGAUUGGAUAUUUUGCCCUGGAACUAGAAAUUAGUUUAUCCAUCCUAGAAUCAUGAUUGAUAGGUGCACACCUGAACAAAAGUUGUCCAUUAAGUGGCAGGAGUAGAGGGAGUUAUCUUUGGUGAAAUUGGUUUAUUGUGCAGCAUAAUAAAGAAUACUGUAAUCUUUUGGACUAUUUGGCUUUUGAUCUCAAAACUUUCAUUUUUGUUGCUAACAGGGACCUAGUCAUAUUUCUUUGUUGCUUUUUCAAGCCAUAUCAUGGUAAUCUGGAAUACUGUUUUCAACAACUUCCUAUUAAAAGAUGCUAAUGUACCUUAGGCAGAAUAACAGAAAGUAGGCAUUACUUUUUGAAGGAACAAUUAAAUAAGUAAAAAAAUAGAGGAUGUCAUGUUACAAAUUUACUCAGCAUGAUUUUCAUUCCUUUGUAUAUUGGCCAUGAAGAUAAUGCAAGCACAAAACAUCCAUGUUUUUCAGGAAGUUACAGAACAUAAGACCAAUAAUAAAAAAAGGCUAUAAUCUAAAAUAGAUAAAUUAAUAGUGUGAUAAGUAUGUUUAAUAAAUCUGACCCAAGUAAACACAGAAUUGACUUCCCGAAUACCAAACUAAUAUAUUCUUAACUUUUUCAUGCACUCGUUUAGGCUUGAUAUAAAUAAACCCAGCUUUUAUCAUCUUCCUAGAUUUUAAUAAUUACUUCCUUUCAAAUGUGCAUGCAGUGUUAGACCAUAUUGGUAUUAUAAAUAGUCUUUGAAGACAUGUAGCUUUCUCCCUUCAGCUCAUCUUCCUUCCAUAACCAGGUACCAUGACCUAAUAAUUAGCUUUUCAUUUGAAAUGCUGACCUCUGUCAAUCUGGGGGCCAGUCUGGAUCUCAAGGUAAGAGCUUCCUAGAAAAAAAAAAAAAAAAGAGCUUCCUAGAAACCACAAAUCAUUCGCAGAGUAGAUAACUUAAUUGCAAUGAAGUAAGUUGAAUAAGCUAAUUCAAGCUGAUCCAAGAAGGAUAUUGAGCCAGGUGCUUAGCCACAACCUGUGAGGUUCAAAUUAAUCUGUUUCUCAAAGUAUAGACAAAGGUAU